AUGAACCAUUAUCCUCAGGCCUGGGGUCGUCCCCGAGACGAUGUGUAUGGCCCAUACGACUCCUCAUAUCUCCAAACAUCUAUGCCUCAGACCCAUACUCAAUCCCCUGCUGUAACGGGUACAUCGGUACUAGGAGUGAAGUUCAAUGGUGGGGUGGUUAUUGCGGCGGACAACCUAGCUUCGUAUGGCUCUCUGCAAAGAUUUACAGAUGUCAAGCGUCUGCGCACAUUCCCUCCGAACACGGUCGUCGGCUUUGGCGGUGAUGUGUCAGACAUGCAAUAUCUCGACCGACUGCUGCAAUCGCUGGACAUCCGCGAAAACUACCUCUCCUCCACUGGCCAUUCCCUCAACGCGCGAAACCUGCAUACCUACUUGUCAAAAGUCAUGUACAAGAGGAGAAGUGACUUUGACCCCCUGUGGAACAUGCUCCUGGUGGCGGGCUUGGACGAGCAAGAGAAGCCGUUCCUGGCCAGCGUAGACCUCCUCGGGACUACUUUCUCCGCUCCUACUUUGGCUACAGGCUUUGGCGCACACUUGGCACAGCCUCUGCUGCGCAAGCUGAUGCCUAACGACGAGGAGAGUGUGCCAGACGUGACGCAGGAACAGGCUGUCGAUGCUAUUAAGGAAUGCAUGAAAGUGCUGUUCUAUCGAGAUGCAAGGAGUUUGGACAGAUACAGCAUUGCAGUCAUUACCAAGGACGGGGUUAAGCUCAAUGAGGAUGAGAAGCUGGAGAACCAGAGUUGGGCAUUCGCAGAUCAGAUCAGAGGUUAUGGUACGCAGGUCAAUUGA